AUGUCUGACCCUCAAGCAUCCGCGACAUCGCCUCUCCUCAGAGGUCCUUCCACGACCACCACGAUAGGUCUCAACCCACAUCCAAGCUUCACGUUACGGCGAGCACGGUUCAGCGACCUCGCAGGUGCCGCACGUACAGCCACCCGCGCCUUUUGGGAUGAAGUCCUCUUCGGACGUCUGAUACACCCAAAGCGCCAUGAAUACCCCUUUGACUUUGACAAGUACUGGUACCGACAAUUCAUCGUCGACUGGUGGGACUGGAGUCACGUAUUUCUGGUUACGACCGAGAAGGAUGAGCGGCAACAGCAGGAGAUAGUCACCGGACUGGCUCAUUGGAGCCGAAUAGCCCCGUCGAGCAAAGACAAUCGAGCCGCCGGAUGGGAAUUGGCGUGGUGGGAUCCAAGACGGCUUCUCAAACCCAUCUUUGGCUUCGUGGUUAAGGUGUUGAAAUUUGUUUCGCCCAACCGCGCCGCUGCCCCUGAACAUGAAGACAUCUUGGCGCAAUCGGAGUACUUUCUGGACCACAUCUGGCAAGGCCACCGUGCUGAGUCGUGGUACUUGAAUUGCCUGGCUGUGCAUCCCGACUUCCAAGGCAAGGGACAAGGUCGUGCACUGGUUGCGUGGGGUCUUGAACAGGCCCGCAAGGAAGGCGUCGCGUGUAGUGUCAUUGCUGCUGAUGGCAAAGAACGCUUCUAUCAGACCUGCGGGUUCAACGUUGGCCCUGUCGGUAGAGGAGGCGAGGGAGAUGGGAACCCGUUGAAGAAUGUCGGUGGAGGGUUGAUCUUCUUCAGAGACAAGGAAGGCGUGAUUGUCGAGGAGAGGGAGCCCGGCGUGUGGAUGGAGGGUCCAGGAGUGUUUGACUGGGAAGCCUGGCUACGGACGGCGACCAAGAAGGGAGAGACCAAAUGA